CCUUCCGGUUAUUGGUAUAUUCGUUGUUGCAUGACAGCUAGUACCCAGUCACAGUACCCAGUCACAGUACCAGUCAUAUACCCGUUAUAUUUCAUGUUUCCGUUUGCUCUGCAGCUUCUUACAAACCAAGCGGAACUCGGCCUUUUUACCGUUUCUACCCGCCUUCCGCCGAGCGGGCUUUAGAGCAAUCAACUCCAUUAAUUUUUGUUGUAUUGGAUAUUAUUAACGGCACGUAUGAUAAAUAUAUAUACUUCAUCCAUCUUCAUGCACUUUCUUCCACCAUUCACUUCAAGCCUGUCAAUCCGCACGCUUGGGAUAAAACCUCGCAUUGUCAUUGUCGGUGCCUCACGUAGAUACCCUCACCUCUUUUCCUCCCCUCAUUCGGCGUUGAAUUACGACAACUACAGCUGCAGGACCAUGUCCGUCUCCACCAAGCAGGAAGCCUUGAUUAAGCGCAACCCGCACCCGGACUUCAAAAAAGUCGAGGAGUCCCGGCCGGACUGGGACAAGGCGGCAGGGCUCCGCUUCACCAAGACCGCCAGCCCCUCCUGGGCCUUCGGGUCCGGCGCCAACGAACUCCGGGACCAAGAUGGCGCUGGCGACGCCUCCAGCAACCAAAAAAAGCACAUCUGCAUCGACCCGUACGAGCCGGGCCGCCCCGCCCCCUUCAACUACAAGCUGCUGAUCAGCGGGAUCGUGCCGCGGCCGAUCGGCUUCGUGUCGUCGCAGUCGGCCGACGGCCGGGUCCGCAACCUCGCGCCGUUCUCGUACUUCAACAUGGUGAACCACGACCCGCCGCUCUUCGUGCUCGGCUUCGCGUCCGCGGUCGCCGCCCCCAAGGACACGCUGCGCAACCUGACGGAGACCCGCGAGUGCGUCGUCGGCAUCAUCGGCGAGGACAUCCUCGAGGCCGCCAACGCGACCAGCGUCGACGCCCCCUACGCCGUCUCCGAGUGGGACGUCAGCGGCCUGACACCCGUCAGCGACUGUGUUGAUGUGAAAGCCCCGCGCGUCAAGGAGGCAGUGUUCAGUGUCGAGUGCCGCCUCGAGAGCGUCCGCGAGUUCGAGAGCCGCGCCACGCCGGGGAAGAUCACGGGGUCGCUGGUCGUGCUGGAGGGGACCAGGUUCUGGGUCCGGGAGGACGCGCUCAACGAGGAGAGGAAUCUGGUUGCGCCGGAGGUUCUAAAGCCCGUCAGCAGGCUUGGUGGGAUUACUUAUGGUCGUCUGACGGAUGUGGUGGAGAUACAGAGGCCGAGGUUUGAGGAGGAUGUGGGCGGGAUGGAGGGGUACGAGAGGUUGAGGAAGAGGAGGGAGGGGGAGGUGGAUGGGGUUGCGGAUGCUACUAAAUAGGGGUAAGCAAGCUUUGCUUGGCUGGCGUUGUAAUUUUUGGCUCGUCGUAUUGGUUAUUUGUCUAGAGCGAUAGAAGGAUGGAGCAGCUACGUAGGAUAGAUGGUUAGGUAUAAUGUUAUUGGUUUAAGAGUGAUACCUAUA